GGGGGCAGUUGAGGCUCAGGCACUGGGCUGGAGACUUAGGAGGUGGUGGUGUUACAGGGGACUGGGGAAGAGCCUUGGAAAGCAUUUCCUCUCCCAGGAGCCUCCUGAAGGACACACCGUAGAUGCAGGAAGACGGCGGGUGAGGACAGCCCAGCUGAAGUGAGGAGUCCUGGACAGAGCAUGGCUGUAGCGCUGGAAUCCCAGGCCCAGGUCUCUCCCCCACCAGAGCUGGAAGAACUCCUGAUUGUGAAAUUGGAGGAGGACGCGUGGAGAUCAGAAUCCAGACCUCAGGCGAAGGACCGUGACCCUGUCCCUGGCCCUGAGGCCUCCCGGCAGCGCUUCAGGCAGUUCCAGUACAGGGAUGCAUCUGGACCCCAUGAGGCCUUCAGCCAGCUCUGGGCACUCUGUUGUCGCUGGCUGCGGCCGGAGAUCCGUCUCAAAGAGCAGAUCCUGGAGCUGCUGGUGCUGGAGCAGUUCCUGACUAUCUUACCCAGGGAGGCCCAGGCCUGGGUGCAGGCGCGCCACCCGGAGAGCGGCGAGGAGGCGGUGGCCCUGGUGGAGGAUUGGCACCGAGAGGCCCGGGCUGCAGGACAGCGGGUGAGGCAAACAGUCUGUUCUCCAGAAGUGGGCCAGGCACGGCAGCGGGGCUGUGACAAGGAACUGAAGUUGUGUGGAGAAGAGACCCGGUCCUGGAAGGCAGUGCGGGAACCGCAGGGCUUUCGGCCACAUUCAGUGGGUCGCUGGCCCGAGAGACGGACCCAGAGGCAGUGGGAGAGGAGUCCGUGCCCUGGCCGUCCCAAGCAUCCAGACACCAGGAUGGUGCCCCCGGCCUUGAAAGAGAGUGCUGUCCUCGCUCCCCGAGGCCCUACUCUCCCAAAGAUGGGGAGCGCUGGAGAUUGGGAGGUGGCAGCUGAGUCCCAGGAAGCCCUGGGCCCUGGCAAACAUGCUGAGAAGGAGUUUCACAAGGACCCCCCAAGAGACAGCUGUGGGAAUGGCGUGUCCCUGGGAGUUCUAGUUUCAAAACCAAAUGUCAUCUCACAGCCAGAGCAAGGACCAGAAUUUUGGGGCCCGAGUCUUAAAACUCCUGGAAAAAGGAGCACUGGGAAUUGCGGCCUGGACAGUGAGCAGAUGAAAGCAGCUCCAGCAUUGGCCUGGAGGGACGCGAAGGCCUGGGAGGAGCAGUGCCAGUGGGACGUGGAAGACACUAAGGUGUCUGGCGUGCACUGGGGCUAUGAGGAGACCAAGACUUUCCUGGCAAUUCUGAGUGAGUCCCCUUUCUCUGAAAAGCUCCGGACUUGUCACCAGAACCGCCAGGUGUACCGGGCCAUCGCAGAGCGGCUGAGGGCACGGGGCUUCCUGCGGACACUGGAGCAGUGUCGCUACAGGGUCAAAAACCUCCUGCGGAAUUACCGGAAGGCCAAGAGCAGCCACCCACCGGGGACCUGCCCCUUCUACGAGGAGCUAGAGGCCCUGGUGAGGGCGCGGACGGCCAUCAGAGCCGCGGACGGCCCGGGCGAGGCUGCGGCCCUCCCCAGGCUGGGGGACAGUGACGCAGAGAUGGAGGAGCCAGAGGAAGGGGGCUGGGAGCCAGAGGAGACGGCAGAGGACUGUGACGGUGAUGACCUGGCCAUCGACGAGUCCGUCCAGGAGCCCAGGGUUCCAGGGGGUCCAGCUCUGUUCCAGAGUCGCAUUGCAGGUGUGCACUGGGGCUACGAGGAGACCAAGGCCUUCCUGACCAUCCUCAGUGAGUCCCCAUUUCCCGAAAAGCUUCGCACCUGUCACCAGAACAGCCAGGUGUACCGGGCCAUCGCAGAGCGGCUGUGUGCACAGGGCUUCCUGCGGACACUGGAGCAGUGUCGCUACAGGUUCAAAAACCUCCUUCGCAGCUACCGCAAAGCCAAGAGCAGCCACCCACCGGGGACCUGCCCCUUCUAUGAGGAGCUGGACUCACUGGUGAGGGCUCGGACUGCGGUCAGAGCCGUGGGAACCAUCAGGGAGGCGGCGGGUCUCCCUGCGUCCGGGCGGAGCAGUACAGAGGCUGAUGACCCGGAGGCCUGGGGUGAGGUGGCAGGUGAAGAUGCCGGCAGACCCCCAACCCCGUGUCCUGGAACCCCAGACACUGGUUUUGAGAUGAGGCAUGAGGAUGACGACCAGGGUUCAGAGCAGGACAUUUUCGAGGAUUUGCCUGGUGCAUUACCAACACGAGCUGCGGAGGCUGCCCGCCACCCUCGCCGUUUGGGGGAGGACGGUGAGCAUGAAGACGAAGGGGAAGAGCAGUCAGGAACUCGACCGCAGGGGCAGUGGGAGGAAUGUUCCUCUGAGGAGGACUCAGAAAGGCUCAUUGACCACCAAGGGCUGUACCUCGCAGAGAAACCCCACCAGCGUGACCCACGCGUGAGGAGCUUCAGUCAGCCCUCUCCCUUCAUCACCCACCGGCGGACACACACAGGUGAGAAGCCCUGCCGGUGCCUCCAGUGCGAGGAGAGCUUCAGUGACCCCUCUGACCCCCACACCCGCCAGAGAAUUCACCCUGGAGAGCAGCCCUGCAGAUGCUCCGAAUGUGGGAAGGGCUUCAGGGACCACGCCAGUCUUGCGGCUCACCAGCCAGUCCAUGCAGGGGUAAGGCCCUGUGCGUGCAGGGAAUGCUGGAAAGGCCCCAGCCAGAGUGCAGACCUUCUGAAACACCAGAGAGCCCGUGUGGGAGGAAACCCUCUCUGCCGUAGUGAGCCUGGCGAAAACUCUGGCCAAAGCAAGUCCUUUGGUGCUCACUGGAGGAACCUGGCAGAGGAGACAGCUCCGGAACAACCUCCAGGUGCCAAGAAGAACUUGAACUCUCCUGGGCUGCACAGCACCAACUCAGGGGAGAAACUUUAUCAGUGUUCUGAAUGUGGAAGAACCUUCUCCAAGAGCUCUGCCCUCAUCAGUCACCAAAGAAUCCACACGGGAGAGAAACCAUACGAAUGUGCGGAGUGUGGGAAAAGCUUCAGCAAGAGCUCCACACUGGCCAACCACCAGCGGACCCACACCGGGGAGAAGCCGUACGAGUGCGCGGACUGCGGGAAGUGCUUCAGUGAGCGCUCCAAGCUCAUCACGCACCGGCGAGUGCACACGGGGGAGAAGCCCUACGAGUGCCUCGAGUGUGGGAAGUUCUUUCGUGACCGUUCUAAUCUCAUUACUCACCAGAGGAUUCACACGGGCGAGAAGCCUUACAGGUGCAGAGAGUGUGGGAAGUGCUUCAACCAGAGCUCCAGUCUCAUCAUUCACCAGAGAAUCCACACCGGGGAGAAACCCUACAAGUGCCUGGAGUGCGGCAAAGACUUCAACAACAGCUCCCACUUCAGUGCCCACCGGAGAACCCAUGCAGGAGGGAAGGCGUCGUAGGGGACAGCGUCCCCUGAGACAAAAGAGAUGAAUGUGUAUUUGAGUCUCCCCAGAUUAUGAGAUGUAUGGUAGAAGGAAACAUGCCCAAUUCCUAAGCUGUGUGUAUACCCAGGGAAGUUAUCUUGAUAUAAUCCAGGUAAUUUGGAAGCGAAUUACAAAUGCUAAGG